AUGUCAGAAGAUGGGGACGAAAUCACGGAGGACAAUAUGUUCAUCCACUGGGUGUAUGGCGUUCGACACCUCAGUAGCAUGCACGCACUACGCGAAAGUGCCAAUGUAGCAGACGUUCUUAUAAAGCGAAAGCUUCGCUAUGACUUCGCGAAGUUAAAGACCAGAGGCCGUCUGCGGGGAGUAUCACGCUCCCGCUAUGCUUCGGCUACCUUUGCAGCCGCAAGUUUACGUCAGUAUUUUGACACGAACUCGCCCGAUCUCACUACGACGAGUGAGAAGCGUGACGCUCGUCAAGACAAGCUCGGCCGUGGCGCUCAAAAACGUCAUCGGCGGUUGGGCAGCCUUGCCGAAGGAAAAUCUCAUACUCCCAUGAGUUUUCAGACUCAGGGUUCUUACGCCACUUCACCAAAUAUUAGUAGUGACCGUGACGACGACGUCGUUGAAGUACCCGCUCCACAUGGAACUGUAAGUUCCCUUGCUUGUCAUGCAACACCGGUGGCGGUCGGAGCAUCGGCUAAAAGCCAUGCUGAGCUGGUAAAGAAAGUGGAGGAUCUUCGUGAUACUUAG